GCAUGCUGGUGACAGAAGAGGGGUGUGCUGCAGCAGUCCCAGGAGCCACCAUGCCCCAGGAGCCCCGGCAGACGGAUUUCCAGCUGGUGCGAGUCAAGAACACGUGGUGCCGCAUCAAGAAAGGAGAAGCCCUUUCCAGCGACGAGGAUGAGAUCACUCUCUCUGAGGCAAAAAUAGGGGAGUGCAUCUCCGAAGGUGGGAUUUCCUGGAUAAUUGAAGCUCCCAUCUACUUUUGCUACAAAGUGGUAGAAACGUACAACAUUCUGGAACCCUCUAACACCACUCUGCUCUGGGGUCACAUCACUGACCCCCAGCAAAUAGAGCUCGCCAUGGCCAGCAAGAGGAAACUGCGGCGCUUUAUCGUCAUAGACGAAGUCGUCGACAAACUUUACGGCUCCAAAGUCAGAGAAUACUUCGAAGAGAACAACGUCCAGCACAAAAUCCUCGCCCUGCCAACCACUGAGGAAACAAAAUCCAUGGACUUGGUGCUGAACAUCUUGCACGAGGUCCAGAACUUCAGCCUGGACCGGCGGACGGAGCCCAUCAUCGCCAUCGGCGGGGGCGUGUGCCUGGACAUCGUCGGCCUCGCCGCGUCGCUCUACAGGAGACGCACCCCCUACAUUCGGGUCCCCACCACCCUCCUCUCCUACGUGGAUGCCAGCGUGGGGGCCAAGACCGGGGUGAACUUUCUGCAGUGUAAGAACAAGCUCGGGGGCUACACGCCCCCCGUGGCGAGUUUCCUGGAUAGGUCCUUCAUCCAGAGCAUCCCUCGGCGACACAUCUCCAAUGGCCUCGGGGAAAUUUUAAAGAUGGCCCUCAUGAAACACAAAGGGCUGUUUGACCUGCUCAAGAGCCAUGGAAAAUAUCUACUGGACACUAAGUUCCAGUCUUGCGACAGCUUUGCUCACCAUGGGGAUGCUGCACUGCAGACUACCAGGAUUGCCAUUGAAACCAUGCUGGAAGAGCUGGCUCCCAACCUCUGGGAGGAUGACCUGGACAGACUGGUUGAUUUUGGCCACCUUAUUAGCCCAGAGCUGGAAAUGAGGGUUUUGCCGUCGCUGAUGCACGGGGAAGCUGUGAACAUCGACAUGGCAUUCAUGACGUACGUGGCCCACGCGCGCGGGCUCCUGGGCGCCGAGGAGAAGGAGCAGAUCCUGCAGUGCAUGCGGGGCCUGGAGCUGCCCGUCUGGCACAGCGGCUGCAGCUGGGCCCUCAUCCAGAGAGCCCUGCGGGAGCGCCUCAAGCACAGCGGGGGACAGCCACGGAUGCCCCUGCCCACCGGCCUUGGCGUGGCAGACAUAUUCAAUGACACCAGUGAAGAGACCCUGGAAAGAGCAUACGAGCUGUGGGUCAAGGACUGCAGGAUGGGGCUGGAGGAAGAGCUGCAAGCCCAAGGUGAUGGUCCUGCCCCAGGCCUGAGCUGUUUGCCACUGUAAGGUAGUGGGCAGAACUGAAUUUUGAACAAGAUGAAUCCAGAAGCACCUGUGACACUGCAUACACUCCAGAGCUGCGUGGAACAAGCAGAAUAUUGGCAUCUGACGUGAUUUGCCUUUUUCAAUUGCUUUGUUUGAAUGGGAAUCUGUUAUUGCUGAAGAAGUGAUCGCUCACAAGUGAAACCACCGAGUGCCAGUAGUGUAGUUCAUAGCAAAAUGCUCUCUUUCAGGGAGAGUGAGCAGGAUUAUUCAUUUAUUUAGUUAAUCCAAGCUGGUAACUGCCAUGGCCCUUGCCACUGGUAUCCCACCAUUGCUUGUGCUUGGACCCCUGACACAAGCAGGUGUAGCUGGCUCAUAGAACAUGGCAUGGCACCACGCAAAAUUUCUAUGCUACAUAAAAUAUUUCAAGUAGGUUAUCACCUUCGCUGGUCAUUCUUUUCUUCUCGGUGCUCUUCUUGUUUUCUCUCAUUCAAAAGAGCAAAACAAAGAAGCUCAUCUGCCAGCCUUUGCACCCAGUCUAAGGGAAUGACACACUCUGAUUAGAGGCACCAUCACAAGUCACAGAUCAGUAAAUAUUGCUGCUGUGGAGCACAUGGGGGCUGUCUCCUGGCAGUAUGGCAGUCUUUGUCUUGGGACUCUCAGAUACUGAGGACAUGCUGGCAGGUCUUCUCUUGCUACCCAAAUGUUUGUAGUGAUUUCACUUUGUAACCCGUGCAGCCACCAGCGUGACAAACAGGGCACAGUUUGCAGCACUGCUGCCUAAGGACAAAGUUGGGCUCCUGGCAAUAUUGCAGAACCCCCUGGUGUCCCCACAUCUGCCACAGGGCUCCCUGUACCUGUCAGACCCUGGCUCCUUUCCCAUCUCAGCCUCUUCUGGUUAGAUAAGGCCAGCUGGGGAAAACCAAGAGAAAUUAGAGGACUCCAAGCAAGUUCAUCAUCUUCAAGAAGUUGCAGUGUCAUGUCUCAGGAUCCUGGCAGACUCAGAUUAUAUAAUGGAUGCUGAUGGUGAAAAAUGUAAAAGUAAUGCCAUCCUUCUCCCUGGAGGUCCAAUCAAAGGAAUUGCAAUCAACAAACAGCCUUUGAAUUAUUUACAACAUUAUUUGGUUUUUUUCCCCUGGUGUUUUUGUCCCACACCAGUUUGUGCUAAUGUGCUGGCUUCUGUUUUGCUGGAGUAAUAAAAGCUACUAAAAUUGAAAAA